AUGCCAAACAAAACUUAUACGUAUGGCGACCUGGUCGUCACUUUGACUUCGAACUUUGACGCCAUCUGGAAUGACAAGGGCAGUGGUGCCGCCAGGGACGGAGAAUUCUGGCACCCGCUUGCACAGGGGAGCUUGCGCCCUCUGGGAAGCAUGGCUAUCGGGAACUAUGGAACCCUACAGGGCAGCAGAGCCAGCGCAGAUGGUUCCUUCUGGCGACCCAUAGCACCGGCUGGUUAUAUAUCGAUGGGAGAUGUUGCCCAGUCAGGCUGGAGCGCGCCUUCGACUAGCAAAGUUUGGUGCCUACGGUCUGAUCUUGCAGCCGACGGCCAGUACGGACCCGAAAGCAUCUGGGAUGACACAAAGUCGAAGGCCGAUGUCGACGUUUCUAUUUGGGAGGUGUACCCUUAUACUAACGGUUUCAAUGGGUCUGAGCUUCUUCCUGUGAUUGCUGGUACUUUCAGGAUCAGUGCCGGAUCCCAUACUAACCCCCCUGACCUGGGUUACGCAGUCGUCCCGACCCUCAAAGUUCCCAAAGAGUCCGCGGAAUUUACCGACUCAGUACCUAAGAUCACUGCGAACAACAUCCCGAGCACCGGCACCACUUAUCAUUGGACUCAGCAAGCCAUCGUAUGGUACGUCGAAGGUUCCUGGACCAACGGGACUGCCGAUCAAAUCAGGAGGUCCAAAACGCUCAGGACCGGUGUCACUAGUGGCGAGUCGACCGAGCUGGCUCAAAGCACGGGCAUCGAGCUUUCGGCCAGCGGUGGUGUCGGCGUGAAAUUGGGAAUCAAAUUGAACUACCAAUUCACCCACAGAACUUCCUCCACGUACAGCGAGUACAGCGAGAAAGAGAUUACCACCGAGAUACUGGUUCCGGCCUAUCAUGCUACAGUGCUGUUCUCGAAACGCAUCCUGAUCAAGGGGCAGCGGGCGGAUGGAUCCGCUAUUACCGGUCAACUUGACUUUACCGCGAAUGACGACGUUCAUCUCUCUGGGGUGGAUCUAUGA